AGUGGGAAAAAAAUCCAGACAGUUAUGGUGCAUUUUAUUUAUCCUGCUCCAACAUAUCGGGUUAAAUGAUAUUAUUUAUUCACUUAUUCUACCUCUGAAAAGUAGGCUAGAAGUACUCCUUAGGGCAGUAGCGUCUAUGACGACACAUUUUAAACUUAGAAAGCAACCGACGUUACAGUAAACUAGAAUACACGAGACUAUUGAUGAGGGAUCGACAAGAUAUCACUUUGGUUUACUGGGUAACUGUUAUUCGUUGUUUAACGGAAACAUUUAAUGCAGGUGUGAAAAGAACACGGUAUAGAUUUUCUGUGUUUGAAAAAAGCUUUCCGAUCGACACGGUGAAUGGAUGAUUGAAACCAAAUACCAGAGUUUAUGACGAAAACCAAAAAUAUCAAAUUAGUAAGCAUUGUUUAUCAAUGACAGCUUUUGUGAACAUUUACGACUUCAGCAAAGCACUGUAGAAAAUGUCGCAGGUACCAUAAUAAAUAUAUUACUAAAGACUGCGAAAAUGAAUAAUUUCACUUCUUAUACCAGUAUAAUAGUUAAAAACUUAUCCAGGAUUGGCAAGCCACCAGUGUCCACGUUAUAAACUUUUAAAGUUUUUCUUAAAUUGUCAUUUUCACUAUGUCAAAAACUCAACUUUCAGUAUCAAAUACUAAAACACAAUUUGAAAACUAACAUCUACUUUUAUCUCAAUUGUAUUUUCUAAUGAAUUGAUAUUUAAUAUUGCGAUUGAAUUAUUGUGUGCACUUGGCGUACAACGUGCGAUAUUUUACUUCCGGAAGCUAAUGCAUCCAUACCUAUACAUCGCGUCAAUUGUUUGCCUAUGUAUGUAAUUACAAUGUACCGUUUAUCGGCAUCCGUUUUUCGAGUAUUUUCUUUAUCUUUAUGUACAGUAGUACACCUAUCACAAUCAGCAAAAAUACGAGAACAAGAGGUGCAGCGAUGGCAAAUGGUGACCUUCACAAAAGAUUAAGGGAGAAAGAUGAAAGGUGAAGAUAACGAACAGUGAUCAAUCUCAUAACUCCUACAAGCAAUACAAAAUAGAUAGUUGGGCAAACACGGACCCCUGGAUACACCAGAGAUGGCAUCAGGUGCCUAGGAGGAGAAAGCAUCUCCUGUCGACCGGUCACACCCGCCGUGAGCUCUGGAUCAAAUAUACUUUAAAACAUGAUACACUCACGAAAACUAUACAAUAUAUGUAACGGAUUGAACUAAUUUCGUUAAAUACGUAAAAGAAAAUUUUGUUACUUAUAUAUGUGGAUUCUUUUGUUAAACAUUUAAAACCAAAAAGUGUUGUUUAUGCGAAACAAGUUGUGUUAGAUGUGACCGGUCGAAAGGGGCUGUUUAGUCCUGAUAGGCACCUGAUCCCACCUCUGGUGUGCUUAGGGAUCCGUGUUUAUUUUGUAUUGCAUAUAUAAGUUAUAGGAUUGAUCACUGUUCGUUAUUUUGACCCUUCUUUAUUAUAUGCAUGUGGAAUUUAACUUUGCAAAAUGUUUCACUUUGUAAAUUAUUCUACAUACAAAAUACAGAGCUGUAUGGUUAAUAAUCAGGAAAAACAACAUAUUAGGAAAAAUGCUUUUUAACAAAAGCAGAAGUAAUUGAUAUGAUACUGAAAAUAUAGGAUUAGAGCGGAUCCAAAGGUUUAUUCACUUUGUUUCGACCCAGUAUGUUCAUAUUAUUUUCAGGCGGCGUGGAAAUAUUGGGAACACUGCAGAAGACAGGCUCCUAAUCUGAAUUCACUUCUAACACGCUCCCGAUUUACUACGGAAAAUUCCAAAUCCGUGCAAAAAUGUGGGGAUUCACUUUGCGGUACAUGUAAUCAUCUAGUGGAAGACAGAGAAAAAAAUUCUUAAAUGCGGCAAAAAAAUUAACACCAAAUUCUACCAAGACAUGCAAAUCCGAAAACGUAAUAUAUUGUAUGACCUGCCCUACCUGGAAUGAAAACUACAUCAGACAAACCAACAAAGUGAACGCCCGUGUGCGCGUCCACAAGCAGCAAAUUCACGGUCCAAGUAUCAGAAAUGCGCCAUGUUUCGAACAUUUUGCCAAUUGUGGUCAUGGAGAUUUCAACAUAUUUCCAUUUUAUAAAAUGUAUAAUGACUGCGAAAUUUCCAGAGUUAAAAAGGAGGAAUACUUUAUAAAAUUGUUUAAUCUCAAACUUAAUAGAAAAUAACAGUGUAAAAUUGAAACUACAUUGAACUGAACUCUGCAAUUGAUAUCCCAGUAUUGUCUAAUAUUGUGUGUAUUAUACCGCUACCAGUGUAAAUUAUUAUAACGUCACAAAGAACAAUUUCUUACGUCGCGAUAUGUUGACGUUACUUAGCAGUAUUAUUUAAAUGUAUUACUGUCUGAAGAGACAUUAAAGCCGAAAGAGCUAACAGUGAAAUGUUAUUCGAGUUUUGUGUUUCUUGACUUUUAUUAUUGGAUCUUUCUUUCUCUCUCUCUCCUUCUCUCUCUCUCUCUUUCUGUAUGUAUAGCUUAUUUCAUUUUAUUAUCUGUAGUACCGGGAUACGUUCUGUUCUUAUUCAACAAGAAUAGCAGUAUAUCUGUACUAGGCCUAGGGACGUAGGACAAAAACCACUGACGACUGAAUGGUGAUACUAUGACGUAUUCUUACAGGGAUUUUAAAUGUUAUAUUUAACCCCAACGUGCUUUGUAAGCAGAACGGCUGUUUAUCAUUUGGGUUAUUUUAAACACACACAUACAUGUAUAAUAAUUUAUCUGGAGUCGGUCGGGGAUUCCCAUGAUUCACAAAAAGAAAAAAAAAAUCGUUGUCUCUGAUCUUGAAUGAUAUAUGGAUCGCUUACAUUAAUAAACGUUGCUAUUAUCUAUGAAGACUUCAUAUCAAAUCUAAACAACCUUAAAGAAACACACUUUCAAGUCUGUUGUUGGAGACAUCCCGAUAUCACUUCAAGUAAUUUGUUUAGAGGGUUCAGACUUCAACAAAUAUGAUUUUGCAAUAUCUCAUAAUGAUGAUCGUUGCCAGUAUAUGCCUUCUAGAUGUUAAGAUAUUUGCAGUAGGAGAAGAAUGUAUAGAGUCCAACUUAACAGCAAAGUUUGUCCUAAGUUGUCCCAAAACAGCUGCAGAGUGGGCGACUGCGGCAUCAAAGAAAGCCUGUAAUCACAUCAAAAACAACUGUGGAUCAUUCGAGUACCAUUGUGUGAUUAAUGCAUGGCAGAAUGAAACAAUAGAAGUAUGUUCGAGAGUCAUGAAUAUUGUAGGAAAAGCGUGUGCAGAAUACAGUUUAGGUGGACGUAGAAUCCAGCGGAAUAGGAAUGCAAAGUGCGCUACAUGUCCUGAUGUUUAUCUAUCAAAUGAGAGUUACAAAUAUUCAGAAUGUUAUAGCCAAGCUUAUCAACGUCGAAAAACAGUUAAACCUAAUAUCGUCACGUCGCCCAGCAUAUAUACGACGAAUGAUGGUAAAUCUACAAUAUCGUCAAGAUUGCUUAUCCAUAUCCAGAAGGAAGUGACGUCAGAAGCAAAGCUCGCCCCUAACCAUACGAACGCAGAAAAUCAAAAGCAAGAGUCAUACCCCCAAAAUGCGGUUCUUCUUUGUGUGAGCAUACCCGUAGGAAUAGCAGUUUUCAUCCUUUGUCUGAUAGUCCUUGUAUACAGAGUUUGCAAAGAUAGAGAAUUUUGUUCCUUGAAAGGUAUUUUUUCAUCGCUGUUCAAGACAAAAUACGAAUCUCAGACACCACGGCAGACAGACAUCAAUAUCGAAGAUGAUGGAGCCAAACUUGAAGACGAGAGGAUUACGGAAGAACAUCCUUUGACAGUAGAUAUAGUCUGAGUGAGAAUAAAGGAUGUGGAUGUUGACUGAAUAAUGGGAUAUCAAAAUUAACUGAUUAAUGGCAGCUUAAAAUUGAUUGACUAAUGGCAAAUUGAGAUUGACUGAUUAUUGGUAGGUUGAAAUCGACAAUGAAGGACACAUUGAAAGAUCGUGCACGAUAUUGAGGAUGAACAAAGCAAGACUGACUGGAAAUCGACAUAUUGAAAUUGACUGACUAAUGACAUCAAAAUACCUUAAGAAUGCCAAAAUUGAUAGGGUCAGAUUGACUAACUAAUUCCAGAUUGGUAUUAUUGACAAAUAUGAGCUUUUGAUUGACUAACUGAUGUCAAAUUGAGAUUGGCUGAUGUUAGAUAGGUUUAGUGACUGAAGUUAGAGAUUGACUGAGUGAUGAUAAAUAGAGGUUGACUGAUUGAUGUUAGAGAUUGCCUGAGUGACGUUAGAUAGAGAUUGACUGAGCGAUGCUAGAUAUUGCCUGACUGAUGUUAGUUGCAGUGUUUAAUGAGUGAAGUGUAUCGAUGGCAGGUUGAGAAUUUAACCGAUGGCAGUUAUAUUUCAUGUCAUUGCAUUUUUACUUUUUACAUGUUUCCAAUUAUCCAUUUUAUUACUAUGUUCAUUUAUUUGCUCUUUAAUGUGAACCAAUAUACCAGUGCCAAAUGUUGUUAAAAUGAAUGAAACGGAAAUUAAAAUUAUGUUUUACAACUGUC